CACUGGAUCAGCCCGUGAUGUUUAUGCAGUUUUUUUUAAAUAGCCUUUUUAGAACAUCUUAACUGGCAACACUGACACUGUGGUUAACGGCUUAUUUAAUUUUACUUUAUUUUCUUUAAAAUAAAUGUAAGUAAUGUUUUAAUUUCAGUUACAUUACUGCUUGCUUUUAAUUCACAAAAAAGUGCACUAAAUGUCUUUUGAAAAAGACCAUGACUAGGACUAUAAUCUAGCAUUCAUGAUUUAAAAUCAUUUAAGUAUGCCAUUUUCCACUGUAUGCAUAAAACAGAAAAAAAUAAAUGGGUAUGCUAAUUAUAUUAACUAGCUAGCUUGCUGGCUAACAUCUACAAAUAAAUUACAAUAUGAAGCCUUUAUUUUGUUGCCUUUGUUGUCUGUUAGACUAUUUUAGGCAUUCUAUAUUUCUCAUAUUUCUCUUUGUUGUAAUAAGGAAAAAACAUGCUUGAGGUCUACCAUGGCCCAAGAGCGUCUCAGUGGACUUGCUGUCAUCAAUAAUGAUGCUUCUCAAAAUUUGUCAUUUGAUGCAGUCAUUGAUAACUUUGAUGGUUUUGAAACUGUUCUGUAAUUCUGAAAAUGUAAUAGAUUUUUGCGCUUUUUUUGUUGAUUUGCACUUUAAUUUCUAAAUUAAGGUUUGUGUUAUUCUUCAGAUGACUGUAAGUCAAAUUUGUUCUCUCCCAAAAAUCUGGUCUAAUUAAUUAACUUAUUUAUUAUUUUGUAACAGACACAAUUCAUUAUCACUGAAGUCAAUCAAACAGCACCAAUGUCUAUUUGAUCUAAAUCAAAUAAUUUAAGAGAAAUCAUCCUGAAGCACAGGAUAUAGGUUAUAGCCAGGAAUCCUUUCCCUUGUUUGACUGGAUUCUGUCGUUGGCCUGUGGUUUUUACAUUAAUACUCUAUGUGAAUGAACUUCAUAGUUCUUGGGCCAUGCAAUUUAAACACAGUGGUUAAAUAUUAACUCAGAUAGAGAAACUGAAUCCUGAAAGUGGAGCUUCAGUCAACCACAGCUACACUGGAGAUACCAGAUAUUUUAUAAGUGGUGGUCUGUCUUGAUCAAUUUUAGGAUUUGGAAGAGAUCAAAAUCUGUCAAAAUGGCUCUGCAUCAACAACUGCCGUUUUUCAAACCGAGUGUCCCAUUCACUACUCCGAUCCAGGGAGGACUGAAGGAUGGAAUGAUUAUUACUGUAUGUGGCCGAGUUUUGCCAGAUGCCAACAGAUUUGAUGUGGACUUCUUGUAUGGGUCUGAUCAUGUUCUGCACUUUAACCCUCGCUAUGAUGGAGGGUCUGGGCAUGUAGUGCACAACACCUUUCAGAAAGGUAUCUGGGGCUCAGAGGAAAACAAGUCCCAAACUCCCUUCCCAAGAGGCCAGACAUUUGCGCUGCAGAUCUUCGUCACCCAGGGAUCUUACAAGAUAAGUACCAAUGGGAAACCCUUUUCGGAGUUCGAGCACCGUAUGCCAUUCUCUUGGGCGGACACAUUCCGCAUUGUUGGAAAGGUGGAACUGAGUUUAGUUGCCUUCCAGCGUGUUGAGCCGCCUCAUGCUGCAUGUUCAGGAUCUUUUAUGGUCCCGUACAAAAGCGUCAUCCCUGGUGGACUUCAGCCUGGCAAAGUCAUCAUCAUCCACGGAGUCAUCAGUCCCCAAGCAAAUAGAGUAGUGAUUAGUCUACGGCACAAACAUGGAAUUGCAUUUGCCUACAGUCCUCGUUUUGAUGAGAAUGUGGUUGUGCGCAACACUUAUCAGGAUGGGAAGUGGGGUGCAGAGGAACGAUCUGAGCUCUUGCCAUAUAAAAGGGGAGCACUGAUGCAGGUCACCAUUUUUUGCAGUCAUCAUCAAUACGAAGUGUUUGUUAAUGGUGAAAAAACUCACACUUACAAGCAUCGUUACACUAAACUGGAGAGAAUUGAUGUUUUAGACAUCCGUGGAGACAUGCAGUUGACCUUUGUGCAGCCCUGAAAAAGAUUUUAUCCAGAUCUAUGACGAAAUACAUGUUAAAAACAUGCACCAAUCUAUAUAAACCUAAAUGCAAAAAAAAGAUAUAUUAAUCAGUGCAUUCUGAUGCAAAGAUGUUUUGCCUGCCUGCCUGCCUAUUAAUCUGAGACCCAUGUGAUUGUCCACAGCUUCAGUAACAAUUAUUUAAAAUGAAUAAACACAGGCUUGUUCUGCAUGAGUGU